GGGAGGGGUUCACGUGUCUUGAGCUAUAUAUCGGCCUGAGACGCCGUCAAACCGAGCCGAAGGACUUGCGAGGUCAGAGGGAUCCCCAACGCGGACAAGCAUGCCGGCAAAACCAGCCCCGAUAAAGAAGUCGGCUAAGGCCGCCAAGAAGGAGGAACCCGCGCCCGCGCCUGCGCCCGCGCCCGAACCUGAGCCCGCGCCUGCGGAACCCGCCCCAGCAGAACCUGCCCCUGCCGAACCUGCGCCCGCAGAAGCUGCCCCUGCCCCCGAGGGUGAAGCUGCUCCUGCCGAAGCCCCGCCAGCGGAGGAACCCAAAGCUCCAGCUGAAGCUGAAGCUCCACCUGCUGAGGAAAUCAAAGCACCCACACCCCCCCCACCCGCAGAGCCCACCAGCGUGCCGCUUGAGCUCGGCGUCGAGGACGUCAAUGACACUUCAGUCACCGUCUCAUGGAGACCACCGGCCACCAUCGGAAACUCUGGUCUGGAUGGUUAUACUGUGGAGAUCUGCAAGGAGGGAACUGGCGACUGGAAAGCGGUGAACGAGGAGCUGACCGUCUCCUGCCGUUACGUCAUCAAGAAUCAGACCACCGGUGAUCGUCUGAACAUCAGGGUGGUGGCGAUGAACCCUGGCGGCGGCAGCCCCCCCGCCACUCUUGCGGAUGCUGUGCUGGUCAGAGAGGUCGUGGAUCGCCCCAAAAUCCGUCUGCCACGUUUCCUGAGACAGCGUUAUGUGAAGAACGUCGGCGAGAAGAUUAAUCUUGUUAUUCCCUUCAGCGGCAAACCACAACCCGUGGUCUCGUGGACAAAGGACGGUCAGCCCAUCGACACCAAAAAGGUGAACAUCCGCAACAGCGACAAGGACAGCAUCUUCUUCAUCCGCGGUGCCGAGCGUGUCGACUCCGGUGUGUAUGAGAUGUGUGUUAAAGUGGAGAGUUUUGAGGAUAAAUCUCAGUUAACCCUGCAGAUCGUUGAGUUGCCUGGACCUCCUGCCAGCAUCAAGAUUGUGGACACCUGGGGUUUCAAUGUGGCUCUGGAAUGGACGGAGCCCAAGGAUAACGGAAACACAGCCAUCACCGGAUACACCAUCCAGAAGGCCGACAAAAAGACGGGGGACUGGUUUACAGUGCUGGAACAUUAUAACAGGAUGAACGCCACCAUCUCAGAUCUCAUCAUGGGCAACACUUUCAUCUUCAGGGCCUUCACGGAGAACAAAUGUGGAAGAAGUGAAGAUGCCACUGUUACCAAAGGAUCUGCCACGAUCCAGAAGACAGGGAUUGAAUAUAAACCUCCGGAGUAUAAAGAACAUGACUUCAGCCAGGCUCCUAAAUUCACCACCCCGCUGGCAGACCGCAGCGCCACCGUCGGGUACAACGCCAAACUGCUCUGCUCCGUCAGGGGAUUUCCUAAGCCCAAGAUCGAGUGGAUGAAGAAUCAGAUGAUUAUCGGUGAAGACCCUAAAUUCAGGCAAAUGAACGCCCAGGGCAUCUGCUCCCUCGAGAUCCGCAAGCCCGGAAACUUUGACGGCGGCGUCUACACCUGCAGGGCCAGAAACGAGCACGGAGAAGCUCUGGUGAGCUGCAAGCUGGAGGUCAAACAGCCUGUGAACCCUGACGCCGAAAAGAAAUGAAAGAGUCACACAUUCAUACAGUCCCAAAUUAGAAACGUCAGAAUGUGAAGUCCCGUCUGAGGAUGGUGAAGAUGCCUUCUGCUGAUGAGAAAAUACAUGAACUGUACAUAUGAAAUAAAAAUAUAUAUAAACAUGGA